GGUUUAUGAGGUUUUGGAUUAACUUUCACUGUCACUCGCUCUCGCUCUGCCUUUAUAUGCUAUUGAUAAAGAGUUACAAUGGCCACAACUACGAACAAACCAAAGAUGACUUUGUAUUAUUUUCCAAAUUUUCGAUCGAACAGAUGUAUAUGGCUUGUACAUGAACUAUCUGCUACGAAGGAUGUGCAUUUUGAAUUAUACGAUACUCGGGAUCCAGACGAAUCCAAAGUGAAGCAUUAUAAGAACACUGUCCAUCCCCUUGGCACCGUGCCAGCUUUGGAGAUUGAAGGUAGAGAACCUUUGAUAGAAUCAGGGGCCAUUUGUAUGUAUUUGGCGGAGCUAUACCAGAAACUUCUACCAAAAAAAGACAACAUAGCAGACUAUUUCAAUGUCAUUUUCUUCUGCUGUGCCACCUUAGAUGAGAUCCUAGAACAGUUGUUUGUCCAAUGGAUGUUUGUGGAGCUCGAAAACAGGGACAACGACCUAAUCCAAAAUAUGGCGGCCAAGUUUAACGUUGCCAUCAGCCACAUUGAGACGAUUCUGUGCGACAGAACGUUUAUUUGUGGAGACGAAUUCACGGCAGCAGAUUGUGUUCUGGGAUACAACGUGUGGUGGGCCAACGUAAUGCAAGGGGGACAACUUCUCAAAAACCACCCGGUCGCUCGAUCAUAUCUGGAAAGACUGGGCGAACGAGAUGCUUUUAAAAAGACAUUUUCUUGAAUAUGCUUUAUAUUUUGUUUGUACAUAUUUUUUUAUCGACAUAGUUAGAUCUACCACUCUUUAUAUUAGAUCUUAUGAGUUUUUAGUGUGUUAAACCGGUUUUUUGGUGACUCUGUUGUUUUGGAACAUAAAUCCAAGUUCAUGUUUUUUAUUUAAAAAAAUACAUAUUGAUAUGCAUGUCUUUUGAGGUGGAUUAAUCACCCUAAUUUUUAUAUAAUGGACAUUUAAAGCAUCUGUUUUGAAAGAAGAUUUCAUUAAUGAAAGACCGAAAUAAGCUCUUCUUUAUGUUUUAGCCCACCUGAGCUAAAAGGUCAAGUGAGCUUUUCUCAUCACAUUUUGUCUGUCGCCCGUCUGUCUGUCUCUCUGUAAACUUUUCACAUUUAGCACUCAUGUGAGCGAUGUGGCCAAUGGGCCUCUUGUUAUAAUUGCAAUCCAUUGAUGCAGAAAUGUGUGGUUCACUUUGAAAUGACCGAGAGAAACGACAGGGUGUUUCGAAGCGACUGCAGCUGGAGAGCCCAAAGGAAGUGAUAAGGCGCUUUGAAGCGACCAUCAUAAAGAGAUCGGCUAGGGCCUAUAUUUC